GGAGAGCUGUUUCCGGACAUGAAUGAGCUUUACUGGUGUGCGGCGUUUCCAGUGCUUCACGUAAAACACAACCCGGGAUAGACAGGAACAGAAGUAGCUGCUCCCAGCCCACUGGACCGUGUCCACUCCCGUCGCAGUAGCGCUGUGCCCCCCGCUUUCCGGAGCCUUGGUAGCUUCCCCCAGCUUUGUCAGCAGCACGUAACUGUUCUAAGGAAGCUGCGGUAACCCGACCGCCUCCAUCAUAUAAAUGUCUAUUUGCUUUGUCAGUUGUGUGCCAGCAGCGCAACCUCUGAUCUGAUCCGAACUUAGGACUUUUACCCGAGGCCGGCCUUUAUCAGACGCCCGCGGCUCCUUAUCGGCCCUUUUCCAUCGCCGCGACGCCUGGCCAGCCUCCUACGGAGCUUGAGCAAGGGCACCCCUGUUUUGCUGUAGCAGUUAGGAUGACAUUAAAAUCUAAUAAAAACGAACCGGCGGUGGUGUUCGAGCGGGUCAACAGCGCCCGAACGGCACUCUCCGACCUGUACCUGGAACAACUGCUGCAAAACAAACCGAAGUCGGAGAAGGUGAGCAUGCAGACCUACGAGGCCAAGGGGGAGGAGGUGUACACCAACGGCAGCACCAAGAUCAGCAACGGCCAGGAGCUGGCCAAGAUACGCGAGGUGGCCUUUGAAAAGUCUCCCUCUGAACCCAUGGGGGUGACGCUUAAAUUAAACGAGAAGCAGAGGUGCACAGUGGCCAGAAUCCUGCACGGAGGCAUGGUACACCGACAAGGGUCGCUGCACGAAGGGGACGAGAUCGCGGAGAUCAACGGGAAGAGUGUGGCCAACCACACCGUGGACCAGCUGCAGAAGAUCCUGGCAAACACAGACGGGGUUGUGACCAUGAAGAUCAUCCCCAAACAGCAAAUCCGCUCUCUCGUCUGUGAGAUGUACAUGAGGGCUCAGUUUGACUACGAGCCCACCAAGGAUGACCUCAUUCCGUGCAAGGAGGCGGGGCUUAAGUUCAAAACGGGCGACAUCAUUCAGAUCAUCAACAAGCAGGACCCGAACUGGUGGCAGGGAAGGGUGGACAGCUCCGCUGCCGACUACGCCGGCCUCAUUCCCUCCCCCGAGUUACAGGAAUGGCGUGUGGCCAGCAAACCCAGGUCCUCCUCCACAGGCAGCCAGUCCUGCAGCCCUUUUGGAAAGAAGAAGAAAUGCAAAGACAAGUACCUGGCCAAGCACAGCUCCAUUUUUGACCAGUUGGAUGUGAUUUCCUAUGAAGAAGUGGUGCAGCUUCCCGCCUUCAACAGAAAAACUCUGGUUCUGAUUGGUGCCCCGGGGGUCGGAAGGAGCCACAUCAAAAGCACCCUGCUGACAAAAUACCCCGAGAAGUUUGCCUAUCCCACGCCACACACGACGAGGCCUCAGAAGAAGGAGGAGGAGGAUGGAAAGGACUACUUCUUCAUCUCCAAUGAGGUCAUGACCAAGUGCAUCACGGAAAACCAGCUGCUGGAGUACGGCAGCUUCGGGGGCAACAUGUUCGGCACCAAACUAGAAACCAUCUGGAAGAUCCACGAGCAGGGGAAGAUGGCCCUGCUGGACGUGGAGCCACAGACUCUGAAGAUCAUCCGGACGGCAGAGUUUGCGCCCCUUGUGGUGUUCAUCGCCCCCACUGACACGGCAACUCAGUCCGAGUCCCUUCUCUCCAUCCAGAGGGAGUCAGACGCCAUUCUCGCCACUUACGGGCACCACUUCGACUUGAUCCUGGUGAACAACGACGUGGAUGAGACAGUGAAGGGUCUGGAAGAAGCCAUCGAGCGCGUGACCUCCACCCCGCAGUGGGUCCCCGUGUCCUGGGUCUACUGACCGCCCCACUCAAAGCCCCCGUGUGCUGGGUCUACUGACCGCCCCACUCAAAGCCCCCGUGUGCUGGGUCUACUGACCGCCCCACUCAAAGCCCCCGUGUCCUGGGUCUACUGACCGCCCCACUCAAAGCCCCCGUGUCCUGGGUCUACUGACCGCCCCACUCAAAGCCCCCGUGUGCUGGGUCUACUGACCGCCCCACACAAAGCUCCCGUGUCUUGGGUCUACUGACCACCCCACUCAAAGCCCCCGUGUCCUGGGUCUACUGACCGCCCCACUCAAAGCCCCCGUGUCCUGGGUCUACUGACCAUCCCGGCUGGUGCAAUAUCUCUCUCCCGCCCCCCCACGAGAACCACGAAUGUGCAAACUGAUCUCCUGGGCGGCAGCCCUUCAUGUUAACAUGUAAACGUCACUGAGGAGUUUGGCACCUUAAACCCCUGGGAUCACACAGAAGCAAUACCCAGGCCAUUAUUCCAUUUCAGAUAUGCAUACUCCAUGUGUGAACUCAACAGCACGCUAGUAAAUACUAGUCCAGCUAAGACAAAAUGUUCUCGCAAUGUUGCUGGAGUAUUUUGUGAAUGCUGUACAACAUUGCCUCUGCAUGGCAGCAACAUUGAGAGAACGUUGUGCGUUUGCUGGCUGUUGAGCUGAGAGCUUUAAGUGUUGAUUAAUUUCAUCCACAUUAUUAUACAGAUCUGUUUCCCACUAAGUAAAGGCAUGAUUGUUUCUAUCUGAGCAAUGCAAAGAGGACCACUACUGUGAAAUUAAUAAUCGUACGACAGGGAUUCAUCACGUUCCUUUGCCUCCGUGAAGGAAAACGCCAUAACAUCCACUGUAAAUAAGAAUUUGAUCAAAUGAUCUGAGAAUACAGGGGACAAUGUAUGUCAACUAACCACACAUUGUUUUAAUGAUCUGGUUUUCAUCGAUCUAAAAUCAACUCAAACAGUAACAAAACAUACCUCAUGUCUGAAUGCAAGGCACUUUUAGACUUUAUUAAAAAGCUCCCUUAACCUGAA